CUCAGAAUGCGUUGAGCAACAUACCUCUUUUAAUCGUACCUUCACAGACACUUGUUUGGCUUUAUACUUUCACUCGUAGUCAGGGAUUAGCAUUGGUAUCAAUCUGUUGACUUUGUCUUUAUUUUUCAUAAACUUGUUUGAAAACAACAGAGCUAUUCACCUUAUCUCUGGGGUCGAUUGAUUCAUUUAUAAGGGAGACAAAUAGGAAGAACUUUAAACCAGACGUAGAAUACUGGAGACAGUGGUCGUCUUACAAGAUGACCGAGAAAUUGAUUUCCUUUUUGGCAGUGGCAGCUACAGCUGUGUUGUUCAAGUUUCUAGUUAUUGACCGCAUUAAUGGGCCGUCAACUUUGGCACUGACCAACAGGUUUAAUGAAAGUUAUGAUUACAUUGUCGUUGGGUCAGGCUCCGCUGGGAGUGUGGUGGCCAGCCGCCUAUCUGAAGACCCAGACAAGACGGUCCUGCUGUUAGAAGCUGGUGAGAGUGACUGGGAGGUAGACAACAUCUACACCCCUGGGCUGGCCACGGCUAACUGGAGGAGUGUCAACGACUGGGAAUACUACUCCGAGCCUCAGAAUGGAACGCUGACGGGCAUGAAGACAGGGCGUUCUUUCUGGCCUCGAGGUCGAGCUCUUGGGGGAUCCAGUAGUAUCAACGCUAUGCAGUACGUCCGUGCCUCCAGACAUGACUACGACAGGUGGGCCGAGUACACAGGUGUACCUGAGUGGAACUAUCAACAUAUCCUGCCAUACUUCAAGAAAUCCGAAGACAUUCAAAUUGCUGAACUCCAAGAUUCAGAGUAUCACGGACAUGGCGGACCUUGGCCUAUUAAUAGGAUCAAGUCCCAUCCUAUAGCCCAGAAGAUCCUAGAAGCUGGACAAGCGAUUGGUUACCCGUUGAACAUUGACUACAAUGGGAAAACAAUGAAUGGUAUAUCUCCGUCUCAGGUGAACGCCAAGAACUACCAGAGGUACAGCACCAGCCGCGCAUUUCUUCAUCCCCACAUUGGUCGCCGUCCCAACCUUCACGUCGCUGUUCAUUCACAUGUCCAAAAGGUUAUUAUCAAUGACAAGAAGAGAGCCGUGGGUGUCGAGGUGAUCAAAGACGGGAAAAAAUAUACUGUGGGCGCCAAGCGAGAGGUCAUCUUGUCUGCAGGGGCCAUCGGGUCUCCUCAAAUUUUACUUUUGUCAGGCGUGGGACCCCGGAAACAUCUGGAAUCACUGAAGAUUCCAGUUGCUGCCGAUCUGCCUGUUGGAGAGAAUCUUCAGGAUCAUUUGUGGUUUGAUAUCGGCAUCAAGGUCAAGGAACCUAUCACAGCAACACUGGAAGAGUCUAGUUCUUGGUGGUCUUAUCUGAGAUAUUAUUUCUUUGGUUCAGGAUUUCUUGGUUCCCCGUUUCAACUGGAAGUUUUGGCUUUUAAAAGUACAACCAAAGAAUUCCAAGAGAAAGAUUGGCCUGACCUUCAGAUCCAUUUCUUCAGUAUCCUUCCGCCAACAACUGCGGAUGGAUAUGGCUACUCCGAUGAAGUACUGGCCGAAAUGUCGGAACGGAAUAAAGCCAAGUACGGUUUCAAGUGUCUACCUUCCUUGUGUAGGCCAGAGAGUAGAGGGACAUUGACCCUCAGGUCACGUGAUCCCUUUGACUAUCCCAUCAUCCAGGCCAACUACUUGGAUAAACAAGGCGAUGUAGACCUAAUGAUCCGAGGAAUUAAAGACUGCAGGAAACUGGUGGAGACCAAGACGAUGAAAGACAUUGGGGCUGAACUGACCGAGAAAACGUCACCGCCUUCCUGCAAGCAGCACCAGUACGGCUCGGAUGAAUAUUGGGCCUGCAUGCUGAGAUUCAGGGCAUUGACCAUCUACCAUCCUGUUGGUACUUGCAAGAUGGGGCCAGCUAAAGAUCCGACAGCUGUAGUUGACCCAGAACUAAGGGUCAAAGGUAUAACUGGACUUCGUGUGGUAGAUGCUUCCAUUAUGCCGUGGCUUGUGUCCGCCAACACAAAUGCACCUACUAUUAUGAUCGGGGAAAAAGCCUCAGACUUAAUCAAAGGUGUACCGCCUCUCAAGCCUCUUGAACAUUUAUAAAGGGACUUCAUACUUUCAAAAUGUUUACCUUUUUAUUGAAUUCGUUUCAAAGGUUAACUGGUGGAAAAAAAAAAAUGAUUCACUAAAGUUAGUUUUAAUUUGAAAACAAUCACGUGCUACACUGGGGCAUUUGAUCCUUUUCAAAAAUGACUACUACAUUGUUUAUUUAUGUGUUUAAUCAUUCCCAUGAUUGUGAAAAUAAAUGAAUUAUUUAAUUAUUAUAUAUAUUUACAAUUAUACAAUUUACAAUUAUAUAACUAGCUAAUUAGGGAAAAUGUGUAAUCCUUUAUAUAUGAUAUAUAUAUAUAUAUAUAUAUAUAUAUAUAUAUAUAUAUAUAUAUAUAUAUAUAUAUAUAUAUAAAACAAAGUUCUUUACAGUUACCACAUAUAGAUCUUUAUUAGUUUAUAAUCUUUGUGUGAGUGUCUGCAUUAUUGGGUAUAUAUUCAAUUCAGAUGCAAAUGUCCCCUAAUCCCCAAUAAUCUCUUAUUAUAGUUUAUAGCGUACCAACAUUUCUGUUCUAAAUCUAUAGUUUGUUCCACAACUGUGACUACAAGACCAUGUAGUUCUAACUCAGGUCACAAUCUUUGGUCUCUGGCAGAAAACUGUCAGUGUCUUUAGUCACGGCUUUUAGCUCAGUCGUUUCAAUUGUGGUCAAGAAGGGAUAUUUCUGACCGGGCCAAUUGGUCGUGAGUUGACCCACUGUUGAUGACCACUUGACACUUUGGGAAAGCGUUUUAGAACGUGCUGGGUGCUCAUUCACUGGUCAUUUCCAUGGACACCAGUCGAUGAGUAUAAUUGAGUUGAUCCAUGUCAGCUACGGUGUAGUAUCUUGUAUCCGUGCAAAUAGAUUCGUUUAGUACAAUGUUCCUUUAUAUAAAUUUCUAGUGUGUGUCUGUGUGCAUUUUAUGUAUUUAUGUAAUAAUAUUGCUCCUCUAACUAUAUAUAUAUAUAUAACUUAGAAGUGCUACAGUGCUACGUAGCUGUGCCAUAAAUGUAGCACUACUUUGCUUCUAUUUGUAUCAUCCUUGAUAAUAUUCCACUUACAUUUAUAGCGUGUGUAAUAAACUAUUGACGCCGAAACAUC